AUGAACUGGACCAGUGUCUGGUUCUUGACGGCGGUGUUGCUGGUUUUAAGGACGACUUCUGAACACGACUAUCACUACAUAAACCGGUCUUUGUCGUGGCCUGAGGCUCAGAGCUUCUGUCGCCUGAAGCACAGGGACCUGGCCACGGUGCGGGACCAGAGCGACCAGAGGCAUCUGCGGCUGCGGCUGCCUCCCACGGCUCACCUCCACUGGGUCGGGCUGAGGACGAGCCCCACGCGACGCUGGAGGUGGUCUGAUGGCUCCGGGACACUGCAGGAAGACCACUGGGCAGAGUCUGAGCCUAAAAACCUGCAGGGUCAGGACCGGUGUGGGCUGCUGUGGUCCAGCGGGAGGUGGACCGACUCCGACUGCAACAACACCAACGGAUUCGUCUGCUACGAACUGAAAGGGACAGACCUGGUGAGGUUCUUGUUCUACAGCAGGACACAGACCUGGGGGGGGGCACAGGACACCUGCCGGAAGAACCAUGUGGACCUGGUGUCCGUGACAUCACCAGAAACACACACCGAGGUGCAGGAGCUAGUGGCGGGACGGCGAGCCUGGCUGGGCCUCUUCAACGACGCCUGGGCCUGGUCUGAUGGCAGCGACACGUCUUACCGACACUGGGGCGAAUGCGGCGGCGAAGGCGGCGGCGAAGGCGGCGGCGAAGGCGGCGGCGAAGGCGGCAAUAACUGCGCGGCAGUCUCCACAUGCGCUGACGGAGCGUGGGUCGUGAGGGACUGUGCAGAGAGGAGGCCAUUCAUCUGUGAAGGAGGUUUGAAGAUUCGAAAGACUUUGGUGAAAUUAGUGAUCUCCACAUCUGCAAGUCCCAGCUCUAAGAUCAGCUCUAAGAUCAGCUCUAAGGGCAGCUCUAAGGGCAGCUUUAAGAUCAGCUCUAAGGGCAGCUCUAGGGGCAGCUCUAAGGGCAGCUCUGAGAUCAGCUCUGAGAUCAGCGCCUCCAUCCUCGCACACCUGAACCAACACCUGAAAAAUAACAAAGUAUCAGAUUUCAAACUGAGCUGGAGCAACAUCAAAGACCAGAAGCUUCCGCCCGAAGCAAAACAAACCGUUAGCAUCGUUAGCAUCGUUAGCUCCGAGAUGAAGCCUGCGCGAAACCAGCAGCUUCCGCGGGACAAACCUUCAAACCCGGGGGCACACGCCUUCACCAGCGGAUAA